AUGUCAAAUAAAGCAAGCAAACGUGUAAGGGAAGAUCCUGAAGCGAUCUCAGCAGAAGAACAAGACAAUCCUCUGAUUAAAGAAGUUAAAGAACAAGAUGACGACGAUCUUGACAUUGGGCCAUCUUUACCAACGGCAGAUGACGUGCGAAAAAAAAAGAAAAGGGCUUUGGCUCAUGAGAAAUUAUAUUUGGAUCAUUUACCAUCGGCUGAUAUGUAUGAACGAAGUUAUAUGCAUCGUGAUGUUUUAAAUUAUGUGGCUGUUACAAAUUCAGAUCAUAAUUCAAACAAAAUUUAUAUUUAUGAUGGAAGAGGUGAUUCCACACCAUUAUAUAUACUUUCAGAUAUAUAUUCCAGUCCCGUUCAUUUAAUGGCGGCUUAUCAUUGCGUUGUAUCAAUAGAUUCAUCGGGUAUGAUAGAAUAUUGGUCACCUGAUGAACCUUUCGACUUACCUAAAACAGUUUCAUUUGAAUAUAAAUCUGAUACUGAUCUUUAUGAGUUUAAGAAGUCCAAAUCUGUUCCAAUAUCAUUGACAUUUUCACCAGAUUAUCAACAAUUUGUUACCAUGAGCAUUGAUGAUCGUCAAGUACGCGUUUUCAGGUUUUCAACAGGAAAGUUGACCAGAAAAUAUGAUGAGUCUUUAGCAGUUAUGGGAGAAAUGCAACAGGCGGGUACAACUAUUUACAAGUUAGAUGAUAUGGAAUUCGGUCGUCGCCUGGCUGUCGAACUAUUUGAUGAGAGUGGAAAUUUCAUAAUUUAUCCUACAAUGUUGGGCAUCAAAGUGGUUAAUUUAAUCACAAAUAAGGUGGUGAGAUUAAUUGGCAAGACGGAACCUCAUCGUUUUUUAAACAUGUCAUUGUAUCAAGGAGCACCAAAGAAAAAAAUGAUUGUUACAUUGGCAAUGGCAGCGUCAGACAAUCCUUUGAUGAAAGAAAGCGAAGCUACAGAUCCAACCAUAUUUUGCACAGCAUUCAAGAGAAAUCGAUUUUUCAUGUUUACGCAACGAGAGCCAGACGCACAUGAUUCACACAAAGGAGAUCGAGAUGUAUAUAAUGAAAAACCUUCACGUGAGGAACAAACAGUUGCCUCAGCCACACCAACCAAACAGAAAUUAGGAAAUACGGCGAUUUUACGUACCACAUCAGGAGAUAUUCAUAUAAGAUUGUUUCCUGAAUAUGCACCAAAAGCAGUUGAAAAUUUUGUAACACACGCAAAGAACGGAUAUUAUAAUAAUGUGAUAUUUCAUCGAGUUAUAAAAGGCUUCAUGAUCCAAACAGGAGAUCCACUUG